CAUUCCCAUUGGUCAGUUAUGUCUUUCAGGAAGAUAUGCUUUGGUGUGCAUGUUCUACCUGACACACACCUAUACACAGAAAAAAAUAAAUAAAUUUUUAAUGCAACAUACACACAGAGGUCAUGCCUGUGCAUUCAAGAAGGUUAUCAAAGUUACAGACUGAGAACAAGAAGAGGAUGAGGUUGGCACUGAUCAUCAUCUGCUGUGUGCUGCUGAUCUCAGUGAUCCUGGCACUAGGAAUACACUACAUCGUCAGAUACGUAAACUCGACGUUUUACUUCUGCGCUCGGUCGCUGGCGUUUGUUCCCAUUGAAAACGCCUGUGAUGGGAAGAUGGACUGUGAUGCUGGAGAGGACGAGCUGAACUGUGUGUCCAGCCUGAGGAUCAACACCAUAUAUCCAGUGAGGUUGAUGGGCGAGAGUUUGAUUUUGCAGGUUUUUGUGAACAACGAAACCUGGAGCACUGUGUGUGCAGACAACUGGAGGACGCAACACACUCGAUUAGCCUGCCAGCAACUGGGUUACACACAGCACAAAAUCCAUCCAUCUACCUCCAGCUGGAUGAUAGAUGAAGCUCAGCUGAGUAUCAUCAUUGUACCACGGAGUAUACAAGUGCCCGUGAAGAGUCUACAUCACGACCUACAGACUGCGUUCGGUGUGGUGAACGACGAGGGCCAAGAUGCGAGUGCAAGCAUUCAAAGUGUACUCACUAUGAAAGAUGAGUGCAACUCCGGCUCGGUCAUAUCAUUGUCUUGCUCAGACUGUGGUGAGGUGGUUGGUGAAGACCGGAUCGUUGGUGGUACAGACACGACCAUAGAAUCGUGGCCAUGGCAGGUCAGUUUGCACUGGGACACACAGCAUGUGUGUGGAGGAUCGCUGAUCUCGACACGAUGGCUAAUCAGUGCUGCCCACUGCUUCACUGGAAGAACCAAAGAACUGAGCCAGUGGACUGUGGUUUUAGGCCAAACCUAUAUAACCUCAUCUGGGGCUGUGUCAGUGGAGAACAUCGUGCUAAACCAAGCCUACAACAACGUGACCCAUGAUUAUGACAUCGCCAUGGUUCGACUCACCUACGAUGUUCUUCCUGGAGCCUCUAUCCAUCCAGUCUGCCUGCCCCCAUACCAGCUGUCAAUCAUGGUGGGGGACGACCUUUUUGUGACGGGAUGGGGCGUACUACAUGAAGACGGCCAGCUGUCAGAUGUUCUGCAGAAGGCCACGGUUCCUCUGAUCGACACGUCGGUAUGUUCCAGUGCAUCCAUCUACGGCUCUGCCGUCACUCCCAGGAUGCUGUGCGCCGGCUUUCUGAAAGGAGGAGUAGAUUCCUGUCAGGGGGAUAGUGGGGGUCCGCUGGUUUUCCUGUCAUCCCGGUGGCACUUGGUUGGCGUAGUGAGCUGGGGAAGCGGCUGUGCCCGUAAAGGUCUGCCUGGAGUUUACACUGAUGUCAGACAGCUACUGAACUGGAUUUACAGCACCAUGGAGCAAUACCCUUAAGAACUUGAUGCAAUGGAAGCCUGCAUUGGUCCAGGAAGAUGGGACACACAAUGUUUAGCUGGAUAUCUGGAUAACGGUUAGCAUAAUAGAAACAUGCUCAUGCUUAUUGGUGUAUUGUGGUGGAUGAUAUAAAUUUUUAAAAAAAUAUCGGGCCUUUGGGGUGUUUUUUAAUUUAUUUUAGUGUUUGGAUCAGUGGUGUGUGUUAAAAAUAUAUAGAGCUCAUAAUUGUACCAUGCCUUUUCUUUUAUCACCAUCACACUGAAAACUUAUAAAUAAAUAUUUCAAUAAAGAGAUUUAAGAAUUAAAUUGA